GAGGGAAAAAAAGAAAAUCGAAAUAGAAAAGAUUAAAAAGGGAAAAAAAAAUGACUUGUGUAACAGGGAAGGUGAACCGAGAAUAAUCUAUUUCCCUCUUCUCGCUCCCUUCUUUUUCUUUCUUCCAUCAUCCUAACAUUCCCCUUCUCUAUCCCUCUCUUAGGGUGGCGAUGUCGUUGCCUCCGUUUAGCUGCCGCAUUCUCGCGGCAGCCGUGGCCCUCUAUCUAACCGGUCUGCUAUGCCUUGGUGCUGGUGAAGCUCCUUCUAAAGAUGCCGCGGCUCCCAAGAUUCCUGGCUGUUCCAACGAAUAUCAAAUGGUCAAGGUUGAGCAUUGGGUGAACGGAGAAAAUGGUGAAGAUUUUAGUGGCAUGACUGCUCAGUUUGGUGCCGUGCUUCCGUCUGAUAAAGACAAAGCUGUUAGACUUCCUGUUGUUCUUACAACUCCUUUGAACAGUUGCUCCAAUUUAACCUCAAAGCUAUCUGGUUCUAUUGCGUUAUCUGUACGUGGGGAAUGUACUUUCACAGCUAAGGCUCAGGUUGCACAGGCAGGAGGAGCUGCAGCUUUGGUUUUAAUAAACGACAAAGAAGAGCUGGAUGAGAUGGCUUGUACUGAGGGAGAAACUCCUUUAAGUCUUACUAUACCUGUUUUGAUGAUUACUACAUCAUCUGGAGAUGCCUUGAAGAAAUCCCUUAUGGCAAAUAAGAAAGUGGAGCUAUUAUUGUAUGCUCCAAAAAGCCCAGUUGUGGAUUAUGCAGUGGCAUUCCUCUGGCUUAUGUCUGUUGGAACAGUUUUCAUUGCUUCUGUUUGGUCACAUUGCACCGGUCCUAAGGAGAACGAUGAUGAGUACAAUGAAUUAUCACCAAAGUCUUCAGUUGAUGGUGCUACCAAAGAUGCUACAAAAGAUGACGAUGAAACACUUGAUAUUAGUGCUACUGGUGCUGUUAUCUUUGUCAUAUCAGCGUCCACGUUCCUUGUGUUGCUCUUCUUCUUUAUGUCAUCAUGGUUCAUCUUGAUCCUCACCGUCUUUUUCUGCAUUGGUGGUAUGCAGGGAAUGCAUAAUAUUAUCUAUACCCUCAUAACAAUGAGAUGCAAUAAAUGUGGUCGGAAGACUGUGAAAGUCCCUUUGUUUGGGAAUGUAACGAUUCUCUCACUCAUGGUUCUGUUGUUCUGCUUUGUGGUUGCUGUCGUCUGGUUCAUAAACCGCAAAACAUCGUAUGCAUGGGCCGGCCAAGAUAUUUUCGGUAUUUGCUUGAUGAUAAAUGUCUUGCAAGUGGCUCGGCUACCUAAUAUCAGGGUUGCAACCAUUCUUCUAUGUUGUGCAUUUUUCUAUGACAUCUUUUGGGUGUUCCUGUCACCACUAAUCUUCAAGCAAAGUGUGAUGAUUGCAGUUGCACGUGGGAGCAAAGACACAGGAGAAUCUAUUCCCAUGCUACUGAGAUUUCCAAGGCUUUCUGAUCCAUGGGGUGGUUACAACAUGAUCGGUUUUGGAGACAUUCUAUUCCCGGGUCUUCUCAUAUGCUUUAUCUUCAGAUAUGACAGGGAAAACAACAAAGGAGUAGUGAAAGGCUACUUCCCAUGGUUGAUGUUUGGUUACGGACUUGGACUAUUCUUAACAUACUUGGGACUAUAUCUUAUGAACGGACACGGUCAACCUGCAUUGCUCUAUCUAGUGCCAUGCACUCUCGGUAUAACGGUUAUACUAGGGUUGGUGAGGAAAGAACUCAGAGACUUGUGGAACUACGGGACUCAGGAGCCUUCAGCUUCAGAUGUAAAUCCAUCUCCAGGAGCAUAACUUGCUCUCCUACAUAAAAAAUCAACAUGAUUCUGACAUUUUUUUUUCUUUUGCUCAUAAAUGUAACACAUGGGAUUUGACCCUUACAUGUACACACUAGUUGAGCCCCCACUCGUAUAAAUGUAAUUGUAUAAGUAUACAUAUUUUCACCAAAGUUCUGUAUCUAAAAUUUAAUUUAUUUUAUCACUGAUAUAAUGAACUAGUGAACAACAAGACUUUAACAAAACGAUAACUAAGGUUUUAAUGCGAAGAACUUUUCUACUCCAAUAUUUUUAGACUUUAGUAACAUCAUAAGCUUUUUAAAAUGGGAUUGUUUUUUAGAUUUUAAAGAGAAACUUAAUACAAGUAGGAUAGAGUGAAAUAUGUUUUCACCGUGAGGUGUUUCAACAUUUUUUUCAGUGGGUAAAUAUAAUAAAUUAUUUUAGUCCUCUAAAAGAAAAUUCAAUAAAAAUAAAAAUAUUUAUUUAAGUCCAACGGCUAGUAUUUAUUGGACUGUGGGAAGCAACGGUUCAUUUUUUUCUACUCCAAUAUUUUUAGACUUUAGUAACAUCAUAGGCUUUUUAAAAUGGGAUUUUUUAAAAAGAUUUUGAUGAGAAGCUUUAGACUUAAGUAACAUCAGACUUUAGUAACAUCAUAGAGUGAACCGUGAGGUGUUUCAACACUUUUACAGUGGGUAAAUAUUUUUUUUUGUCAACACAGCAGGUAAAUAUAAUAAAUCAUUUUGAUCUAAUAAUAAAUCAUUUUUAUUUUUGUCCAACGGCUAAUAUUUAUUGGAUUAUGGGAACUGGGAAGCAACGGUAUAAAGAACAUUGGGAGUGUUGCAAUAAAGGAAAUUGGGGUCUAUUUAUAUUCAUUAUCAUAGCGCACCACAAAUCAAUUAUUUCCUUUUUCUCUUUCUUCUUCUUCAGAUUAUUUCUCCAGAUUAUUUUUCUCUUUCUUCUUCUUAGAUGGAGUGCGUCAGUUUUUAAAGAAGAGUUAGUAAGGCUCACAACACACAGCAGUGAAGACUAACUCUGUCCGGAUUAAAGAGUUGCUUGAAAAAGAGACUAUUCCCAUGGAAACAGAGUCUACACGGACGGGUAAGCUCCUCUUUUCUUGAUCUUUUUAAAAUUACUAUAACCUGAUUUCUAAAGCUGUUUUCACUACAAUGUUUUUAAAAAAAAACUUUCAAACUUGAGGGAAAAUUUCUAUAUUAUUUGGUUGAUCAAGAAAACUUAAUGUGUAAUUUGUGAAAAGUAUUAGAAGUAACAUCCGGUCAGUGAUAGUUAGAGAUUGUAUAUUUCUAACAUCCAGUUAGCGAUUGUAUAUUUCUUUUGUCUUGACACUUAUGAUCAUUUAGUUCUUCAUAAUCAAUCUCUUAAUAAAGCAAUUUUCCCUCUUGUUGUUUUUCUCUUUCUAAAAUCAACAACAUCACAUUUGCUUUCUUGUUUUGUGUUUCUUACUUGUUUUAACUUUCUUCUUGUGUUUGUUUCUUUUAUUGGCUAAGAGACAAAUCUGCUAGUGGGAAGGCGAAUGAUGUUAAUAAUGCAAAGAUGAUCAAAGCUCCUAUGGACAAAGUCUACACCAGUACGUCUACACGGAGACAAAUCAAAGCUUAUAUAUAUAUGGACAAGGUUGAGCUAGAGCACUCAAACAUACGUGUUGAUAGUCUGUGUUGGAUGAGCAUCUCUCAUUCCCUCUACUUCCGAGGAUCAAUCAACCAUCUUCUUCAACAAUAUAUUGUCACUACUGCUGCUGAGGUUAAACUUCCUCCUACACAUCCUAUCAGAUUGGCUUUGGCGUUGAACUUCUCCGUCUUCUACUACGAGAUCAUGAACUCACUCACAAGAAAGGGUUUUAGAGAUUGUUUAGUAACUAAGUACCUUAGAAGACUCGUACGUUAUUUGAGAUUGUUUUUACUACUUAAAUUAAGGGCAUGCCACCUUGGUGAAUAAAUAGUGAAAUGUAGAGUUUCCUCUGUUUCAUGUAUCAUUAUUGUGUAUGUUGUAAUCUGGUUUGACCGUUUGCAUCAUCCUGAUGCAUGUCUAAGACACUGUCUUCUUGUUUUGUAAUUCGAAACUCGUUACUGUC